UCCAACUAAUGAAUACACACCAGGCAGCGAUACUUCCCGGAUAUCGUCAACGUUCACGCGCAGUAGCGCAAAAACAGGAGCUAACAACAUGGCUGACGUACUAGAUCUUCAUGAAGCGGGAGGCGAGGACUUUGCUAUGGAUGAGGAUGGUGAUGACAGCAUCCACAAGUUAAAAGAGAAGGCAAAGAGGAGAAAGGGUCGAGGUUUUGGUUCAGAGGAGGGAGCAAGGUCCAGAGUGAGAGAGGACUAUGAUACCGUGGAGCAGGAUGGUGAUGAGCCAGGUCCUCAGAGAUCUGUGGAGGGUUGGAUCCUUUUUGUGACUGGGGUACAUGAAGAGGCCACUGAGGAGGACAUCCACGACAAGUUUGCGGAGUUUGGAGAGAUCAAGAACCUACAUCUGAACCUGGACCGAAGAACAGGUUACCUCAAGGGUUAUGCGCUGGUGGAGUAUGAGACAUACAAAGAAGCCCAGGCAGCCAUGGAAGGGUUGAAUGGCCAGGACAUGAUGGGCCAGCCUAUCAGUGUGGACUGGGGCUUCGUCAGAGGACCACCCAAGAGCAAGAGGAGGGGUGGUGGACGUAGACGCAGCAGGAGUCCAGACAGGAGACGACGUUGAUUCCCUCACAUAGCGUAGUCCCAGUUCCAAGCAAGGGCUGUUGCUCUUUAAAGUUUUUUUUUUUUUUCAUUUGUGCUUUGUAAUAGCGUUAACUUCACUGAUGGCUCUAUGGUAAAUCGGUUUAAAUUGCAAAUGGUCCUGACAAGUGUGCUUUAGAGACAAAAUUAAGAGUUGUUCCAGCAAAAUGGCAGGGCUGCCAUUUUAUUUUAUUUUUUCUGAAACAACGAACACCAAAUGCACUAUGAUCAGUGAAACUUUGUUGCAUAAAAAAACUGUUUUUAAGUAGUGGUAUGUGUUUUCUUAUGGAUCUUUCUAUUCUGUUUCAAGGUUUAAUUUGGUUAUGUUUUGGGCCCUGUUUCCCAAAAGUUCAUUGUUAUAACCAUAGGAUCCUUAGUUUUAAUGAUGAACAUACUCUUUAAUGUUUUUGGGAAACCGGGCAUUUGUGCAGCUUUUUUUAAUGUAUUACUUGGGAAUAAAACAUUUUAAGUGGG